CCACAUGCCUUCAUACCAUCACGUCCAACCUCCACCAACUACCUCAUCAUAUCAAUCCAUAAAGCCUUCUCAAUCAAGUCUAUAGUCAUGUGGAAUACCUGCGAUGUGACCUACUGUUAUCUGAAGCCCUCUACUACCUGUGCGAACACCACUAUCCACCCGUCUUCGGCUCGAACUUUUCUUCAUCCACCACCGUCGCCACCGUCAACAGUGACUCUACAACUCUGCCAUCAAAAAGACGAUUUGCCGCGGUAUAUAAAACGAGUACGAAAUUCCUCGACGGCGAAAGGCGCUCAACCAGAUCCGGAACAAGAUCUGCUAGGUCGGACGAAGUUGAGUACACCCCACUCGCUGGGCCAGAUAGGUUCAAGAUGGUGAUCCCUCUUCGCAAGUAAAAAGUGUACAGUCUGAGAAAGGCACGGUCUCAACACGGACCAGUGCCUUUACAUUCAACCUCCAAACCAAUGCUCCGAAGCAGAGACCGUUGUCUUUAUCAUACCAAGGCUCCGUCGCGUCGUUGUUCGCAAAGA